CCCUUCCUCACUGUGUUCCAGAUGUACCGCCACCCCUCCCGCCCAGGCCUCCCAACAUGAAGAAGGCGGCCGAAUACCUGCAGGUGCUGGAGCCGAGCCCGUGGACCGCCCCAGGAACCAGGCCCCCAGCGUCCGUGCCCCCUCUGCCGGAUAGACUUCCGACUCCCAAAGCCCAGGAGUUAACAGAGAAUACCAACGUGGUGCUGGUGAAUUUGGGAAAACUGGUCGACAUCAAGGAUGUGAAGGGACAGCAGGGAUCUCCAGCCUACUGCCAGAACUGCUCGGCAGCCACGUCCUCUUGCAGCAGCCUACAGGAGCACCAUGCCACGAUAUGGAAAUGUGAAUUUUGCAACCAUAGUAACGUCAUGGAUUAUCGGUGUAGCAAAGACACGUGCAGCGAUGACCAGCUGUACAUUCACAUCCCAAACCCAGUGAUCUCCACGGCUGUCGAUGACCCGGUGGUUGUUUUCUGUGUGGACAUCUCUGGCAGUAUGAGUGUGACGUUCGAGCAGACGACUGGAAAGAGCAGCAGCAAAUCCCUCUACAUAUCCAGGUUACAGGCUGUCCAAGAGGCAGUGAACCAGUCACUCGACUAUCUGCUUGAAACGUCACCCAGGACGAGAGUUGCUUUGGUUACUUUCAACAAUGAGGUAACAAUCUAUGGGGACGGGCUGGGCACUCCGCGGACCCUGGAGGACUUUGAGUUAAUCGACCGGGAGUACCUGAAGACAAAGGGGGCCGAGGAGGCCCUGCCACAGUGUAUCUCGGACAGCAGAGAUGCUCUCCGUCGCCGAGUGCAGCUAUUGCAGGAAUGUGGUUCCACCGCACUCGGCCCAGCUGCACUCGUAUCCAUAGCAAUGGCUUCGCGAAAAUCAGGUUCAAAGGUUAUAAUCUGUACAGACGGCCGAGCAAACACCAUCCUGGGCAACCUGGAGGAUAUUAAGGAAGAUCAGAUUUAUCAGAAGUCCAAACUGUUCUACAGUCACCUUGCUGAAUACGCAGUGAAACAGGGGGUGAUCAUCUCGGUGUUGACAAUUGAGGGCACAGAUUGCAGAUUACCUGAGCUGGGACAGCUGGCUGACAGAACAGGAGGAAAGGUGAACAUCGCCAGUCCAGCCAAUUUAUACAACGAAUUUGAGCUCAUUUUAGAAGACGAUGUCAUUGCCACGAAUGUCACGAUCACCUUCAUUGCUGACGCUGGCCUGUUUUUUAAGUAUGAAGACAACAUCAGCAACAAAUACGUGAAAGAAAUUGGGAACGUGGUCAGAGAUAUGGCCAUCACCUUUGAGUUUGGAAUCAAAGACACGGAGCGAGAGGAACUUCUGAAGAAAGCUGCACUCCCCUUCCAACUUCAGCUGGGCUUUACACUCCCAGACGGUCGCCACGUCUACAGGAUCGUCACUCAGGAAAAGCCGGCGACCAGCCACAGUGCCGUUGUUAAGGAGAACAUAAACCUCAGUGUUCUCCAGAUUCACGCUGCACAGACCAGUGCCCGCCUGGCCAUGGACGGCAGGAUGCACGAUGCUCAGGAGACUGCCUACACCCAGAAGGAACUGAUGGAAGACGUUCUAUCCCGAAGGAACGACGUGGAGCAGGAGGCGAUCUACGAAAGUUGGGUGCAGUCCAUGAGCCCUAUUUACAGUGGUCUCAACCACCUCCGGCAGGAUAACGCAGCAGCACAUCCCGUGUACGAACCAGUGCACGCCAAAGGAGACAAAGACUCGGUCAUUAAGUCUCUUACAGACGACGUUGCCAACGUGGUUUAUCGGCUGAAGAACGCAAAGAAGAAAAUGUUCAAGAAACCAAAGUUCCUGGUACCCAUCUGACACUUGCGGACGGAGUUUACCAGAACUGAACACUGCGGCAAUCCGAGGGGCCUUUCUCUUCCACAGUCAGGGAGAGGCAAUAUAUUCUAGCUGCGUCUGAUCCCAAAAUUAUCCACAUUAUUACCAGUGAGCGUCCAGUGCCAAACAGGCUAAAACAGCCUCCAUAAAAUCCAAGCAAAUUUCCAGUUUCCCAUCGUCUCCCAUUUGCUGGAAACUAUUGGAUAAAGAACACCAUACAUCCAACUCAAGACAUGACCUGGCUGAACUGCUGACUCAGGAAGUCAUGGGCUUGAGAGAUAUCUCAGGACUUGAUCUCACAAAAUUUGCAGAGCUGGGAGAGUUUGUUCUGCUGUGCUGUUGAACAUUAAAUGGGAUUAUGUAGAUGGAUAGGGUGGGGUGUGGACCGCGUGGGGCUAAGGGUCUGUUUCUUAUCUGUAUGACUCUGUCUCCUUGAUGUGGGUUUGGUUGUUAAGGUGUAGGUUAAAGAUUCCUUGUCAAUAUUCUCCGGUGCCAGGACUUUACUCCUUCUUACCAGCUCUCUACAAAUUCAUUCAGCUGAUUGUACCUAUACUGAUUAAUUGUCCCUGAGUUUCAGGGGGCUGGGGGAAGGUAGAUGCUUCUUAACUACAAGUCUGUCCAGUGGGGAGUCUGGAUAAUAUACAACAAUAGAGCGAUGCCCAGCUGCCUGUACUCACUAUUUGAGCGGUGGGUCCUUUCUCCUCAUCAAGGGGGAGAUGCUUCACAGACUACAAAAAAAUUCAAACACAGAUACAAUCCUUGCAAAUUAAAAGAACGUACGAACAA